AUGCUUUUCAAAAGGUUUUUACAGCACAGUGCCAAAAAGAUUGGAUUUGCCUUCGAUAUUGAUGGUGUUUUAUUGAGAAGUAAAAAUCCAAUCGCUGGUGCCGGCGAGGCACUAAGAACACUGAACAAAAAUAAAAUCCCGUAUAUCCUGUUGACUAACGGUGGCGGACAAUUAGAGGAGGAGCGUGCUGCUUUCAUUUCCAAGGUAUUGGAAGUGCCAAUUUCUCCAUUGCAAGUCGUACUAAGUCAUUCUCCUUAUAAGGCGCUGGUCGGUAAAUAUGAUAGAAUUCUUGCCGUGGGAACUCCUUCGGUAAGACGAGUAGCCAAACACUAUGGUUUUAAGGACGUUGUCCAUUUGUCAGACAUAGUGAGGUACAACAGAGAUAUUACACCUUUCAGUGGGUUAAGCGAUAAGCAGUUACUUGAAUAUUCCGAGGAUAUUCCCGACAUUGACAGAAAAAGAUUUGAUGCAGUCUUAGUAUUCAAUGACCCUCAUGAUUGGGCUGCUGACAUCCAAAUCAUUUCAGAUGCCCUCAAUAGCGAAGAUGGAAUGCUCAACACUCUAAGGAAAGAAACCUCAUGUAAGCCUUCGAUACCAAUUUAUUUCUCUAACAGAGAUUUUCUGUGGGCCAAUAAUUACUCUCUAAAUAGAUUUGGUCAGGGUGCAUUCCGUUCACUAGUAAGACAAUUGUACUGUGAGAUGAAUAACAAACUGCCUCUAGAAGAUUUCACCAUUGGUAAACCAACGAAGUUGACGUAUGAUUUUGCCCAUCACAUUCUGAUAGAUUGGAACCAGAAGCUGGUCACCGGGAAUAUUGAGGGUGAAAAGCAAGAUUUACCAACUUUAGGUGUAGAACCCGAACAGUCACCAUUCGAUGAAGUGUUCAUGGUCGGCGAUAAUCCAGCAAGUGACAUUAUCGGAGCUCAGGAAUACGGUUGGAAGAGUUGUCUCGUUAGAACAGGUGUUUAUAAAGACGACACUUCAAGGUUGGGUAGCGUGAAGCCAACAAUGAUUGUCGAUAACGUAUACGAAGCUGUAAAGUCUGUGUUGGAGAGUAACAGAGUAACAGAGUAA